GUUCAAUUGAGUUCAAUCUAGUAUGAGAUCAUUUGAUUUUAUGUAUGAUGUUUAAACGAUUUGUGAUUCAUUGUUUGAGAACAAGUUCUUCUAUAAAGUUGGUAAAGGCAUACAGUAAAUCUGCACAGCAUGAAGUUAAGGAUAUAGAAAUUCCAGUACCUUGGGGCAAAGUAGCCGGUAAGUUAUGGGGAUUGCAAAAUAAACAACCUAUCCUGGCUAUGCAUGGCUGGCAAGACAAUGCUGCAUCAUUUGAUAACAUAGCACCUCUUAUUAUGAAAAAUACUCCAGUUUUGGCAAUUGAUUUACCUGGACACGGUCUAUCUUCGUGGAUACCACCAGGAUUUAUGUAUAGUGAAUUGAUAUACUUUUUGUUAGUCAAAAGAAUUAAAAGAUAUUUUGGAUGGGAAAAAAUAAAAGUAAUGGCGCAUUCCUUAAGUGCAAUGACAAUAUAUUGGUAUGCUGCUACUUUCCCGAUGGAGUUGCAAUACGUUAUAGCUUUGGACUUUUUUAAAUUUAUCUCUACUAGCGCAAGUAGGCAUACUCCUAGAUUUAGAAAUGCAGUUGAUGCGUUUUUCAAACUUGAAGAAAGUAGUGUUCAACCUAGUUACACACAAAGUGAGAUUAUGAAGAAGAUAUCUACAGGGCUUAUAAAUUUGGAUGAAUCAUCAAGUAGAAUAAUCAUGACUAGAGGUGUUAGACAAAAAGAAGAUGGAAUGUACAUUGUAAACAGAGAUCCUAGAUUACGAGUUACACCCAUCCAUAGUAUGUUUUCGCCGGAGCAAUUAGAAGAGUACGCAAACUUUAUAACGUGUCCAUAUUUAAUAAUCAAAGGAGAAAUUAAUUUGCUUGGUGAGGACAAAGAACACUUUUAUAAAACGCUGGAAAUAAUGAGAGCAGCUAAUGAGAAUGUACAAUUUGAGAUUCUAUCAGCAACACAUCAUCUUCAUCUCACACAUCCAAAAGACACAGCAGCACUUAUUAAUCCCUUUUUAGAAAAGUAUGAUUAAUUAUGUUAUUCUCUCUGUCUCUCUCUUUCUCUCUCACAAACA